UUGUACUAAAUUUUAGUAUACGCGCUGUUUGCACCUUUCACAGCAAUUGUGGCCAGUUUCAUGCGUUUUUCCCACAUUCGCAUGAGUUUCCCUUGAACCCCGAUCGCGUGCAGACAACCGUUUUUUCGACUGAGAGCAGCCCAGUGAGCGCAGGAGGAUGCAUUCCAUGAGAUUUACCACCGUUGUCAUACUUCUGUGUGUUCUCUUGCCGCAGAUACAGUCUUCCGAUGAGGAAUCCUGCUACUCCUAUGCCGGAGGACAUGUAUACCCUCAGGGAUAUCCACUGACUGGCCAUAAUCUCCACGGGACCAAAGCUGUCAUUUCCAGGCCGGCUCCUCACUUUGAGGGAACUGCUGUAAUUAAUGGUGAGUUCACCCAACUGUCGCUGUCGGAUUACAAAGGAAAAUAUGUAGUAUUCUUCUUCUAUCCACUGGAUUUCACUUUCGUCUGUCCCACGGAGAUUCUGGCCUUCUCGGAUCGCGUGGAGGAGUUCCGAAAGAUAAACACGGAAGUGAUUGCUUGCAGUGUGGAUUCCCACUUCACGCACUUGGCGUGGAUCAACACACCGCGCAAGGAAGGCGGUUUGGGGAAGAUCAAGAUCCCUCUGCUGAGCGAUCUGUCGCAUAAGAUCUCCAAGGAUUACGGUGUUUACCUGGAGGAUUUGGGACACACUCUUCGCGGGCUGUUCAUCAUCGAUCAUCGAGGCGUUCUGCGCCAAAUCACGAUGAAUGACUUGCCAGUUGGACGCUCAGUGGACGAGACGCUGCGGCUCGUGCAGGCCUUCCAGUACACCGAUAGUCAUGGUGAGGUUUGUCCAGCCGGAUGGAAGCCUGGCGGCGACACAAUCGUGCCAAAUCCGCAGGAGAAGAGGAAGUACUUCGAGAAGAACAACUGAUUUCAAGCAAGACUUUAUUG